AUGAUCAUGAAAUCUUCGAAUAAAUCAAUCUUUUGUGGGUGUCUGAUCGCAAUUUGUGUCAUAGCACAGAGUUCGGCUCUUCCGUCCAGCAAUUCAUGUAGCAAUACGUUUUCUGGUCCGAAGAACCGCACUAUACUAAGCCCCGGUUAUCCAAAUAACUACGCGAACGGGGAGUUUUGCAACUAUGCUAUCCAACUUCCUCCCGGAGAAACAGUUAAAAUGACGUUUCGUAACGCUUCGUUGGAACACUUCGAGGAACAAAUCGUGGAUUAUGUUUUGUUAUUCGACGGUAAGGAUUGUAUGUCAAAAAGGAUAGCUGCCGUGGUCAACAGCAGCAUACCGACAUAUGUUUCCUCGGGGAAUCAGAUGACUGCGCUUUUUAUCUCAGACAUAACGAUACCGAAAGGACCGUUCGAAGCUCAAUUCUCCAAAGUGACAAAUGAAACUGCCACCAAACCUGUGCCACCAUUCCCUGGAAACAAGAUAAUGGAGAAUUGCGGCCAAGAGCUGAGUGACGAUUCGGGAAUCAUUUCUUACCACGCCAGCGGAGGAUACAAUCACUUGUGCAUUUGGCGGAUUACCGUCGAAGGAAAGAAGAGGAUACAGAUAAGUUUCGAUACGAUACAGAUAGCAAGCCUUGGCGAUUGGAUACGUGUACUGGACGGAAGUGACUGUGGUGCCGAUGUCAUGUAUUACAUUGGCGGACAAGAGACGAAUUGGCCGCCAACACUUACGUCCACUUCCAAUGCCAUGAUUAUCGUGUUCUCCUCUUCAAGUGGUUCACUGACAGAUGUUAUUGAAGCAACCUACUCCAGCGUUUCCGAAUCACGUACAAAUUCCGUGAGUGUUGGACGUGUGUUAUCCGAAGCACAUGGUAAGUUUCACUGUACGCCUUGCCCUUACGUUAAUGUGCCCCCUGCACGUUAA